AUGGAAAAACCACAAUCGGAGUCUAUGGAUGCUGAAGUUGACCAGUCAGACACUUCUGGUAACACCAACAGCAAAACGCAAACAGCGUCGCCACCACCUCAAUCAGACGAGCCUCUUCAAAGAGUAGAAGAAACACCAGGAAGCGUUCAAGCUUUUUCGAACGCUUUAUUUAUGGGGUCUCCCGAACUUGCAUCGUUAGUUCAAAUGGAGUCGGAGUUUCGUCCAAUGUUGAGUCAGAUUCUCGCAAAGUACUUCAACGAUCCUUCAAUUGUUCAGGAUGAACAGCUUUGUCAGCCAUUCAAAUUUAUUUCUGAUUCAAUUGAGAUAGGACUGAAAACUUUUCUUCAAGAUGUUGACAAAGAUUUGGCCAAUAACGUACGGCAAAAAUGCGAAAUUGAUCGAUUGAGAAUUGGAAAAGCUCUCGUUGAAACGCAAUAUGCCGAGCUGAACUCUCGAUGUGAGCAACUGGAAGAUUGUCUCCGGUUAAUGCAAGUAGAACAAAUGAAAAUGGAACAAAACAGCUCUCAAAGGGUUGAACCGAUGGUUGGCAAGAAAAGAAAGUGUGAGGAAUUGGGCCGUGAAAUCGUCAAACCACUAGCAGAUGGAGAAGGAGACAACAACGUGAAAGAAAAUGUGGAACUAGAAAAUUUUGAAAAUCGUCUUGAAACAAGAUCCGAUGCAUUCUUCGCCCGUUUUGAGUGGCUGAAAAAAUUCGUAACGAACCAACACGUUGAUCUCCAAAUUGCUCAGCGAAACAACAGCAUCAAAACAAAUCAACUACAAACGUUAUUCGUACUUUACGACGAAUUUCUCAAAUCGGAGGGAAAAUCAAUUUUUGGCAAUGAAUUUGAAGAGAGUCGUUUUCCUGACUUUGCCGAACAACGUCAAAAGAUUGAAAUGUUGGACAAACGUGGAAAGGAGAGGGAGCAAAACGUGGUGGAAGAGCACAAUGACGACACUCAUGAAAAUCUAGACAUGCUCCACAUUGAACACGGACCUUUUUUCUUUGAAUUUUUGAAAGAGUUGAUUGAACAACACCCAUCGUGCUUUUUUUCUCAUGAAGAAAUAAGAGAACGGUAUAAUGCAAAAUAUUAUACUGAACUUCCAAUGAAGUUUUUUACCCAAGAAUUUCAAAUGUUGGAAACGCACCCAAUGUUAGAAUAUUCUGGAGAAUACGGAAAACUUGUGUACCUCUGCAUGACUCAGACUCCAAUAUCGGAAGGAUUCAAGAAUAAAAUCCGUGAGUUACCAGAUUACGUAACAGUCAAGUUGGAUGAUAAUAAUAAAGUGGUUGACCUCAAGUUUGAUCAAGCUAGCAUGUACUUUAAUAGAAAGUGGAAACAGGAAGAAUUGGAAUUGAAUAAAAUGAACACUGGUGACAAGACUCCGUAG